AUGGCAUGGCGAUGGCUGCGGUGCAAGUGGCAGCAUGGUCGUGGAAGUGGCAGUGGCAGCAUCGUCGCGGCGGUGGCGGGAAGGUCGCAGCGUUGGCGGCAUGGACACUUUUGGGCUAAAGACAGCUUGAUCGCGGCCGCAACAGUGCCGACCGCGGGAGCAAGCCGACCAUCGAUCUUGAUCAAGGUACCGCGAACGGCAACCGUGGGGAGGCUCCGGCUAGAGUCGCUGGAGGGCUAA